UCGCACGUUUUUAGUUUUUUACAUUAUAUUUUUUAAUAUUAUGUUGAUUUUGUAUUUAAUAUUUUAAUUAAGUAGGUAUUAUAAUUGGCAGCAAAAAUGUUAUACACAUCAAACUUUUAAUACAAUAUUACAAUAAUACAUAAUAUCCAAUACUUAAUUCAACUAUCUAAGUCAAAAUCAAUAAAUUAUAAUAUACUUCUAUAAUAAUAGAAUUUAUCUAAUAUGAUGUUUAUUAUAAAAAGUAAUAUGAACAUUACAUUAUUGCAUAGCAAAUACCUGAAAAAAUACAAAAGAAUUGGUUGUUACUGUUAUUCUAUAGACUUUAAACACGGAGAAAAUCAAAUAUUACCCAAGAAAUAUGAACCUAAAAUAGUUGAAAAGUCCAAAAAUACUGUAUUGCCCAAUAUUAAUAGUUUAAAUCAUAAUACUGACAAUCAAAAGACUUUUUCUAUCAUAUUGCCACCACCAAACAUCACUGGAUCUUUGCAUUUGGGCCAUGCGCUUACAGCCACUAUACAGGAUAUUAUUGUCCGAUGGUACAGAAUGAGCGGUGUUGAUGUAGUAUGGGUACCAGGUACUGAUCAUGCUGGUAUUGCUACCCAAGUAGUUGUAGAAAAAAAAUUAUUUGCUGAAAAAAAUGUCAAUAGACAAGAUAUUGGUAGGAAAGCUUUUAACCAAGAAGUGAUAAAAUGGAAAGAGAGCAAAAUUUCAAUCAUUAGAAAUCAAUUGAAAAAUCUUGGCGUAACAUUAGAUUGGAACAGAGAGACUUUCACAAUGGAUGAAAAGCAAAGCAGAGCUGUAAAUGAAGCUAUUAUACGAUUAUUUGAUGGCAAACUCCUAUACCGAAAAUAUUCAUUAGUUAAUUGGUGUUGUUCUCUACAAUCUACAGUUUCUGAUAUUGAAAUAGAUCAUAAAGAAAUUUCGGGAAGAACUUAUAUUAGCUUACCAGGGAAUAAUAGACCUGCAGAGUUUGGUAUUCUCACUGAUAUAGCUUACAAAUUUCACGAUUCUGAUCAAGAAAUUAUUGUAUCAACAACUAGACCAGAGACUUUACUUGGAGACGUAGCAGUUGCUGUAAACCCUGAUGAUGUUAGGUAUAAAGGGCUUAAUGGUGUUAAAUUAUGGCAUCCUUUUAGAAAAUGUACUAUACCUUUAAUUUAUGAUCAUUCCGUUGACAAACAUUUUGGAACAGGGGCAGUUAAGUUAACUCCUGCUCAUGAUGUUUUUGAUUUUGAAUUAGCUGCCAAACAUGAUCUUCCCAUAAUCAAUGUUAUUGACGAAUCUGGAAAUAUUAACUGCGAAUACGAUGAAUUUAAUGGUUUACCAAGAUAUGAAGCUAGAACUGCUAUAGUUCAAAAAUUAAAAGAAAUUAAUUUAUUAAGAGACUCAAAAGAACACAUGAUGUCAAUACCUAUAUGUAGCCGCACUGGUGAUAUAAUAGAACAUCUACCAAAACAACAAUGGUUUAUAAAUUGCAAAGAAAUGGCCCAAAAAGCAUCUGAAUCAUUAAGAAAUGGUAAAUUAACUAUUGAACCUACUCAUUAUCAUAAUCAAUGGUUUUUAUGGCUUGAUAAUUCUAAAGAUUGGUGUGUAUCUAGACAACUCUGGUGGGGCCAUAGAUUGCCAUUAUUUGAAACUAAAUAUGGUUGGAUUUCUGCUCAUAAUACAGAUGAAGCUAUUAAAAAAAUUGGAGCUAAAAUUAAAUUAUCAGAAAAAGAAAUGGCUACUUUGGAUAUUCGACAAGAAGAAGAUGUACUAGAUACUUGGUUUUCCUCAGCAUUGCUACCGUUCUCUUCAUUUGGUUGGCCUGAUAAGACGGAAGAUUUAAAGAAAUAUUACCCUUUGAGUGUUAUGGAAACUGGACAUGAUAUUCUAACAUUUUGGAUUGCCAGAAUGGUGAUGCUAGGAACAUUUUUAACAGGAUCACUUCCUUUUAAAAAUGUGAUUUUACAUGGUAUGAUAUGUGAUAGCCAUGGUAGAAAAAUGUCCAAAAGUCUAGGAAACGUUGUUGAUCCUGAAGAUAUCAUUAAUGGAAUUUCAUUAGAGGAUUUACAAAACAAAGUUAAAGCCAAUGCUAAAUCGGGUACAAUAUCAUAUGAUGAAUUAGAAAAGGCCUUGGUGAGACAGAAAAAACUAUUUCCAGAUGGUAUUAAAGAGAGUGGUACAGAUGCCCUUAGACUAACUCUUGUUUCUCAAAACAUCAAAAAUCAAGUAAUUCACUUUGAUGUGAAUGAAUGUUAUCAAAAUCGCAUGUUUUGUAAUAAAAUAUGGCAAGCUACAAGAUUUGUACUAAUGUGGGCGAAAGAAAAAAAAGUUCAUGAUUAUAUAUCACCAACUCCCAGUAAUAUGAUCCAAUUUUGGAUACUGAGUCGUUUAGGAGAUUGUGUUCAUAAAAUUAAUAACUCGUUCCAAAAUUAUGAUAUUUACAUUGCCACAACUAAAUUGAGACAAUUUUUUUACAAUGAGUUCUGUGAUGUUUUUUUGGAAACAUGUAAACCUAUUUUUGAACAUGGUACUGACGAAGAGAUUCAAACAACUUGCAAGGUGCUAUUAUAUGUUCUGGAUACAUCUCUCAGACUCAUGAACCCACUUAUGCCUUUUUUGUCAGAAACCCUUUAUUGUGCCUUACCUGGAAAAAAUAAUACACCAAUAGAAUAUACUAAGUUUCCAGAACCAAUUGAAUAUGCGCGAUGGCUUAAUGAACAGUUAGAUGCUGAUAUGAAAACAGUAAGGGAUAUAGUUACAGCAAUACGUAGAAUUCGAUCAAUAAAUAAUUUUAGCAAAGAUCAAUCUGAAAUUAUACUACAUUCAAAAUGCCAUAAAUUAUUACAUAAGUAUGAAGAUAUUAUUCAACAUUUAUCAGGAUCAACUUUGUGUUUUGUAGAAGAAAAUUCUAAUUUAAAGUUGAAUUCAAUUUCUGAUAUAGUUGGUGAUCAUACUGAAAUUCAUCUUCUUUUAAAAGGUGGAAGUUUAGAAUACAAAAAAUAUUAUAGUAUAUUAAAUUCAAGACGUCAACGUUUACAAAAACAAGUAAUGAAAAUAGAAAAAUCAUUAAGUAAAACAUUUAAAAAUAGUACAGAGAAUUCGAGAGUAGCACGAGGAGAUAAGAUGCAUUCGUUAAUGGAAGAAAUAAAUAGAAUCAGCAUGUACAUGAAAACUAUCAAGGAAAAAGAAUUAGUAACCGAUUAAACAGUUUUAAUAACGAACAACAUUAUGGAAUUCAAUAAGAUAAUGUAUGGUCUGUAUACAAAGAGUAGACUGAAUAAAUGUUAACUAAAAUUAUGCAGAAGCAGAUGGCUGAAAAAUUGUUUUUUUUUUUUAAAUAUUGAAUAAAGUUACCUGCAAAACUAGUACGAAAUUGAAGUGAGCAUUUAUUUGUUGGCACAAUCUACCAGCACCGACUGAGCAACCAAUAAAAAUUACUUAAAAAAAUAAUUUUUGACCUAAUAUCUAUAAUAAAAUGUUUAAAUGGAAAUAAACUGGUAUUAACUAAGUUUUGUCUAUGCUAUUGUCUUUGUCCCAAAAUGGAUAAUGUUGGUUUUUAUUAUUAAGUGGUUCUAAAAUAGUAAAAUCACUAAAAUAUGGUAUUUAUAAACUAAACCAUGGUUAAAUACACUUUAAUUAAGCCAUAAACAAUAAUACAAUAUCAGUAUAAAAUCACCCACGGUUUUGUAUAUAAUACUAAAGAUUAUGAUGUCACCUAACAACCCAACACUAUAAAACAUGAAAAAGUCAUAAAAAUUUGUUGGUCCAAACUGGUGUAAAAUUAUACCGACAUUUUCCCACACCAGGUUAAUGCACCAUGUCAAUAUGGUGAAAAUAUCCGUGCGUUUUUAUCACACCAGUUUGUGCAAGCAAAUUUCAAGAUAAUAAACUACUUGUAGCUACAAAAUAUUUAAAAAGAGUAAUUUCAGAGAAAAAAAAGAGACUUCCUAGUUUCUUACUUAGGCUUAUUUAUUUUCAGUUAAGUAUUUUUUCUUAGGGGCUAGUCAACAUUUUGAUAAAACACCACUUAUUAAAAGAAGAAUCUUUCGUUAUCUAUGGUGUUGCCAUAGUGUU